AUGCAAACAGCUGCUACUUGCAGUUCCACCCCUCCCCCCCUCCCCCCCCCCGCCACGCACGUGCGCGGACGUACGUACGUAAGCGUGACGUCUUCAAAGAGCUAUCGCAUUACUUUGUUGCGUCAUCAGGAAAAAGACCUCAGUCUGUUAAGGUCGUUGUACGAAAUGGAUUACAUCGCAGCUCUCUACAGGAACCGCUUACCACUGCUUAAGUCAUCAGGUAAAACGCCUCAUGAGCUGAAUCUUACAGAGUUGAAGUUUAAAUUAGACCAGACUAAGGCCAACGAGAUGUUACUCUUAGCCAAAGUCAAUGAACUGACAUCAGAAGUUAAGAAUUUACAAGAAGUUUUCUCUGAAAAAGAAACUGGGUGGAAAAACCAGUUGGACGAUUUAACAAAGAAAAAUACCAGAUUUCAAAGGGAAGUAAGAAAGCAGACAAGUCAGCGGUCUAAUGCAGUGCUUCGGCUGACAGAAAGUACGGCAAAACUAGAAGAAACCGAGAAAUGCCUGGAGUCCUUGAAGAAGGAAUACAAACAUGUCAAACAAAGGCUUGAAAAAGACUUGGAAAAGCAAACGUCAAUCCAAAAGUCCAUUGAGGAAAAACUAAACAAUUCAGUGCAAACAAACACUGAAUUAAAAUUACAAAACGAAGAGUUUUCUAAAGAAAAUGAAAAACUUCAAGCUUUAAAUGAGUCGUUAUCAAAAGAAAAUGAUACAUUGAAACGUUCACUGGAUGACGAAAUAAUUAGAAGAACAGACUUGAAAAAGAAAUUUGAAAACUUAAAAGCUGAACAUGAAGAAGUGGAAACGACCAUCAGGACAAAGGUUGAAGUUCCGUUAAAAAAUAAGAUUAAAGAAUUAAUGGGCCACAUCGACCAACUGAAAGCUGAUGCUAAAAAAAAGUCUACAUAUGUAACACGUUUAGAAGCAGAUAAGAAAACGUUACUAUCAAUAAAGACACAGCUGAAAAAGAAAAAUGAUGAGUGGCCAGAGAAAUACUUUGAAAUUACUCAGGAAAAGGAAAAGCUUGCUAAAGAAUUAGAAUACACACGCAUUCUUCUUGACAAAAAUGCCAAAGAUAUCCAAAAUCUAAAUUUUAAAUUACGCAAUGCUGUCAGUAAACGAUGUGAUGUUGAACGAGAGAAAAAGGAACAAAUUGAACUGAAGGAUAGCAAAAUAAAGAAAUGGAAGACGAGAGCAAAACUCCAACUAAAUGAAACCGCACUUUCUGAAAGUCUAAAAACUGAAUAUGGAAAUAAUCUGUUUAAAGCUCAGGAUCAAAUUCACUGUUUGGAACAGAAGAUUAGUGUACUUACAGAUGCCAACGCACUGCUUUCAACAGAGAAAGAGUCUUUAGUCAAGGCGACAUCGUCCCUGUCUUGCCAGCUGAAGGAAGUUAAGAUGCAGUUAGAAAACACAGAGCAGCAACUGUCGUCAGCUCGGAAUAAAGAUGCCCAACAGUCAAGCAUCUUAGCAACUAAAGAAAUGGAGAAUGAGCAAAUUACCAAGGAGCUUGAAAUAACAGCGACAGAACUACAGAACGCAAAAGACGAAAUUAGCGAUUUAACAAAGAAAACUCAGGAACUUGAAUCUGAAAUCAAACUGUUACCCAGAGAGAAAAUGGAAGUUCAGGGAAAACUUGACCAGCUAGCUGAAGAAUUCUCUAAAAAUGGCUUGAAAUCAGUAGCAAUGCACGUGAAAACGCUGCUAAAUGGUAUGAAUGAAAAAGGCAAGAAUAAAUAUACUGUUGGUCGUUUAAACCUGGAGUUAGAAAGCAAGAAUUUUAUGAAAAAGAUCACGGAACAGAAGACAGAAAUUGAGGAACUGAGAGGCAAAUUGCAUAAAGCUAUGGCUGCUCAGAGUAGAAAUCUGUUGGCUAAGAGGAGAAUCAUUGAUCUCAACGGGCCCUCAUCUUCACAUGAGGUAGUUAUUAAACUGAAUAAUGACAAGUCAUUUACAGGUCAGAGGACAAAUAUGGUUCAAUUGAAGAAGCCCUGCGUGUUUCCAUCUAUUGGUGUAGAGGACAGAACCGUCUGUGGAGCAAAAUCAGACGAUGGUUUCUGGAUGGGAGUUACUGAGGAUGCACAGUACCCCCUCCCUCCAUCUUAGAGCACUCAAAGACACAGAAAAGAUUGUGGAUGCAUGAUGGAAAGAUUGACACUUUAGUCUUGCAGUGAGGUUCCUAGUUCAAAUCCUGGCAGGAACCUUGCUUGGUAGCAUCUUGUCCUUCAAGUAUGCGUGGGUUUACUCCAGGCGCUCUGGUUUAAACAGAGCAUCAGUCUUCAACAAACUAACUUCUAUAGCGCCUCUCAAGAUAAAAAUCACGAGGCGCUUCACAAAAACAAAAAAUGUAAAAAUAUAAAAAAGCAUUUAGAAAGUGUUUAAAAAUAUAUUUAAAAUGGGCAAAAAUAGGCAAUUGGGAUUUAAAAGAAAGAAUGUAAAGAAAGAGAGAGAGUGAACAGGAAAGAGGGAAACCAGUGGAUCCUGAGGAAGGUGGAAUAGGUGGGGAGAGCAGAAUAAAGAGAGAGAGGUGAAGAAGGUCAUACAAAAGCCAGCUUGAACAAGUGAGUCUUCAGCUGCUUUUUAAAGGAGACCACUGAGUCCACUGAUCUCAGGCUCAGAGUAGUAGUGAGCGUCCUCCGUCCUCCUCUUAAACCAGACCCGUUGAUUGGAGAUCCAGCACAGCUGGUGACUCGCCAUCUCCCCCACCUGGAAGCAAGCUCAGAGAUGGUUUGUUGCAGAAGAACAUUCACCCCGGCUCAUGACAUCCGCGGACGUUAAUGUGGUUCGAAUGGCAGCAUGCACACCCAAAAAUUAUACAUCAAAACAAGCAGCUCGUCGGUGGGAGGUAGGCUGUAACUUUUGUACACAAUUUGAUUUACCACGGCAAAGUUAUUAGCAAAAAACUUCGGAAAAUGUCUGAAAUUUGGGCAGAUUGAGUUAUCCUUUCAAACGUUGAGUGUGUGGCUUUUUUAGAUUUGCGUUAGCACUGUCUUGUGCCAGGUGGCAGGACCCUUUUUAUUAUGUUUUCAGGAAUUGUCUAGUUUUUCUUAUGCAGCUCGAACGACAGCAUGCACCCCUAAAAUUACACAUUAAAACAGCCCGCUCAGCCGUGGGAGGUGUGGCAUAUUAUUAUGGGUAGAUUACCCAAGCUGGACCUGUUUAGACUUAAGAAAAUCACUUUUUUCACUUUCUUCCUCAUCGUAUUGAAAAUGAAUCCAAAUUCAAUUCAAUUCAAAGAUACUUUAUUAAUCCCAGAGGGAAAUUAGAGUUUCAGUACACACAAUCUGAGGUCAAACAUACAUACAUAGGCAUAGACACAUGACAAGAAUUGGUGACUGUGGUCAUUUGCAACCCGAGUCGCGCUACCCUAAUAGAGAUCAGAGGGGUUUCUAUAUGAGGAUUGAGACAGGUGGAGGAAAAAAAGGCACGUCAGAGUUACCCUCCACAGGGAGGGCAGCUUUGCUAUGCAAAAAACACCUCAGACAGAAAUGCAACAGACUUCAGACAUUACACAACAUAAGUGUCCAACAUAAGUGUUACGCAUCAUAACAAAUGCUCAAAAAGUGAAAGAAUAGCAGUAAAAUCCUCUAAGCUUCACAGCACCAGAAACAGAAAAGCAAAAAGUCCAAAAAAUACUGUUUUUCUUGAGAAACUAGAAGAAAAAAUGUCCAAAAAAAGGCAAAACUUACAUAUAGUCAACAGAGCUACUCCAACAUGCAGCCACCCAGAGCAGCGCAGUUCCACUUUCAGAUUCAAAUUUCAUUACUGUCCUAUAAUCAUUUUCCUUUUCUUUACAACUCAAAAGGUUGCCAGUUAUGAGUUGUAAAGGUGAAUGUAAAGGUGAACUAUUUCUUCAUGUUUAACAACAGCAAAGGUGUACAGGCUUUUAUUUUGACAGCGUCAUAUGUAUGUCGAUGGUAGGGAGGCGCAACACAGUAGAAGCAAACGUAAAUCUAUUAGAAGUAAAGACGGAGCAAAGGGUAGACUAUUAACAGUUCACAGAGAAGAAGACACAGAAAGUUUGAAGAAUACUUCUGUCUAGCUUCAGUUGAUAAGGGGAACAAGGUUUGUAACUAUAAUUCAGAAUGUUGUUAUGAAAACGGAACGUGUAUGGGUACCUAUAUGAUUGUAUUAGUUGUGAAAAAGGCUACCAGUGUAAUCAAUUAUGCAUUAUGGUUUAGUUUAUGAUGAAAAUGUUUUAUUUAAAAUUUCUCUGUAGUUCAAGGUAAAGUGUUUUAAGAAAACUGCUAAAAAGAAGAUCUUGUUAUUAAGUACACUGGCAGGUAAAUGCAUCUGGUUGGCUCAGUAUCACAUAGUUUCUCUUGUGUUAGAGAUUUUUAUUAUUGUGAGUUCAUAUUUUUAUGCUUUAUUAGGGAAAACACCCUGAUGGCUGUAACGGCAGUAUGAUUUAGAGAAGUGGAGAAACAGUUACACAUUCCUACAUAUCACCCUGUAUUGAUGAAGCACUACUGUCAAAAUCUUGAUCUAACAGUGUGGAAAUUCCUCAUUAAAUUCCUGUUUUACCACAGAUUUUGGGUCAGCUACUUCUGUUUUAUCUGUUAGGUUAAGUAAAGGGAGCUGCCGUGUUUGUUUUCAGAAUUAGCUCCACCCACAAAGAUUUAUGGGUGAGGUUGACAGAAAGAAAUAUUUAUGAACAGACCAUGAAAUAAUGAAUUCAAUCAUGAAAUAAUUACAUAUGUUUUUUUAAUGAAUAAAAUAUUUGUAUUGACACAAUCCAUACAUUUUAUUUUUUAAUAAUUUUUUAUAUAUUUUGGGCUUUAUCUUUUUAUUGAAUUGUACCACUUUUGCCCCUCCAGUUGAAUCAUAUUUAAUUUCUUUAUAUUUGAUCUUAAAAACAAACAAUCUUAUAAUUAUAUAGAUGAUUCAGGGAUUAUAAAAUUUAGAGUACAUUACAUUCAUAGACAGAAGCUGGUUUAUUUCAUUUCAUAUGUAUUUAGUGUCAUGUUCUGUGUCCCUUUGUUCCCCAACCCCUCCAGUUCCCACUCCAGGCUCUCCUUUUGUGUCUUAUAGCGCCCUCAUGUGUCCUUUGUCCGCAUCUCAUUUAUGUGUCUCCUGUGUUCAUUUAGUUAUCCUCUGGCCUCCCCCAGAGGGUGACAGUGUUUGGUUCUCCUGAAUCUAAGUGCUGCUUUCGAUGUUGUAGACCACACUAUUCUUUUAACUUGUUUAAAACAGAUCGGCCUCUCUGAUGCCGUUCACAGAUGGUUCACAUCUUACCUCACAGGCAGGACUUUUAUGGGGAGUCUAGAUACCUGUUCCUCCAGGGUCCAUGGGAUUGCAUGUGGUGUGCCCCAGGGUUCAAUUUUAAGCCCAGUGCUUUUUAACCUCUAUAUACCACCUCUUGGAGGUGUCAUCAGGCACCCUGUGACGGUGUCCUGGCUGCUGCCGUGGAUCUGCUGCUUUUGGUGCAGACGGCUCCCCCUGAUGGUGUUUCCCUUCGUUUCCUUACGUACCUAACUCAUCUGACCUCAGCCCACUGUUUACUUUUUUUCUCAAUUGUGUUGUGUGUGUAUGUGCGUGUCCCUGGGUUGGGGGGAGGGGUGGUUUAAUUGUCAAUGACAUUUGUGGGAUAUGUGGGGUCUUUUUAAUCUGUAAAGCACUUACAGUUACAUUUUCUGUAUGAAAAGUGCUUUAUAAAUAAAGUUUGACUUGAUUUGAUGAGGGGCCACAGGCCUGCCCUCAAAGACCUGCGGAAGACAGAGGAGAUCCAAGCCCAAGUUUGGCUCAGCUGUUUGUUUGCUUCCACUGAAUUUCAGACUAAAAGACCUUUUCCAGAUAAGUGAUUAUGUACAAUCUGUUUUACAUGAAUGAAUGAACUUGUUUUAGAUGAAUCAGUUGCACUUUUACUGGACAAGGUGGAGUAGUUGUUCUAAAGUUCCUAUUAUUUGAAUCCAUUUGGGUCAUAAUUUCCUUCGUUGAAAAUGACAGCAGCAGUAACUAAAGCUAUAACGUCCUUGUGGUCAUUUCAACACGGUAAAUAAUGUCUUUUCUGAAAGUCUAACUGUAAGAAUGAAGUGGAUGAGCACAGCUGGAAUAGACUUAGUGCUUCUAUAACCCUGAACAGGGUUUGACAAACAACAUGUAGAGCAUUAGUGUCGCUCUCAUUUUCACUGAGGCCACAAACGCAUCAUGACCGCCCUCAAAGGGCUGGUUUUACCUGGAGGUCUGAAUAAGUGCCAUGGUGUUUUUGAUAAAUAACAGUCUCUGAGUAUUACCUAUUCUACUAACAUAUACCCACAAUCAAAUCAUACUUUCUAACUUUUCAAGCAAAGAACAAAAAAAAAACAACUAAAAUAAAUGCCAUCUUAAAUGUCAACAUAGGAAAUAAACAUAAGUUAUUAGAUUAACACUUAGUCACUGUUUGGAGAAAAGGCUCUCAAUAGGUCAUCUGGUUCUGCCCCAAAAAUAUUCUAAUGAACCCUCCUGCACAUUUUUACACUUCUUAGUUUCUCAUUUGCUGCACUCUGGUGCAUUUUUUUAACAGGUUGUUAAAGAGCAAGUCACCCCUUACAACAGAGUUUCUCAACGGGGGCUGUAGCGCCCCCCAGUGGGCGUUCAGACUAUAUAAGGGGGCGUUGAAAGUUUUUUGCCACCGAAGGGGGCGCUGAGAUGCUAAUGGUGGGCGCUAGCGAUACAGGACAUUCAUAACAGACAAUGGCUCAGAAUAAAAAGAAGUGCUGACAGUACAAUGUGGACUACCUUCGGUAUGGAUUUAGUCCUUCACCCACGAAUCCACAACUCCCCAUGUGCCUGCUUUGUGAACAAGUUUUUUGAAACGAAGCAAUGAAACCCUCCCGGCUUAAGGAGCACUUGUCCAAAAUGCAUCCAGACAAAGCUUCAAAGGAACUGAACUACUUUCAGGUAAUUAAAGAGAGACACUCUAAGAGAGGUAGCAUUAGCAGAAUGUUUGCUCGAAGCAUGAUUUUACUGGACCGAGGACUAUCGCUUCCUACAAUAUCUCGUUGUUAAUACCUAAAACCACUUUUUUAUGAUACUUUUUUAAUGACAUAUUUGUAUGAAACUGUUUCAAACUCAAGGUUGAAUUGUAUAUAUAUAUAUAUAUUUUUUAUUAUGAUUUAUGUAUCAAAAACCUUUCUGUUUCUCUGCAUGGGACAUUGGUGGGCAGUAAGGGAUUUCAGCAUGACUUGGGGGGGGGGCAUUUAGCUGAAAAAGGUUGAGAAACCCUGCGAAGCGUACUUCACUCCCACUUCAUGUUUGAAAAAUGCAACAAAUGCUGUUUCCUAGCAGACCGAGAGGGUGGAGCCGCUAACAAAUACACACACUCAUGACAUCGUGACAUCAUAAUGUACCAGUUUACAUCAUAGCAUACCUCUUAGCCAAUAGCGAUGGCAGAUUUAAAUUCAAAUGCAGUGAAGAGUUUUUACCUGACAACGGCACAACACUGCCAGUUUCAGGCAGAAAAUUUAAAUUUUAACUAAAAUGCACUAAAAUGCAAAACUAUUGACUACACGUGUCUGCAGCACGAUUAGACACGCAUUUAUAUAGUUUAUCAGGAAAAAAUAGUUGAUUUGGGGGUGACUUGCUCUUUAAAUAAAACUUAGAUUAUUAUUUUUCAGGUAAUAACUAAAAUAACUGACCUUUGAAAAAUUAAAAGUGUGGAAGACUCGUUGAAGCAAUGCAUUUGCAAUGGUUUCAUAAGAACGAAUGCCUUGUAAGUCAUACUUGGGGGGAAAAGCUCAGGUGCACCACUUUCAGGAACUAGUAGUGAGCCACAUUAGAGCUGAGCUUCAGACAGCAUCUUAUUUCCAGAUGUUUGGACAUCUAGGCAGUGGAACUCUACCACUGGCUCUGGUUGCUUUGACACAUUCAGGUUUUAUCUCCACAAAUAACACAAGCCUCCCGAAGGAGUUCUGCUGUGUGCUGGAGUAGCUAAUGCUAAUGGUUAGCAUCAACUGAUCAACUAGUCAAGACAUUCUCUGCUGUUUCCUGGACACUAAACCAACAACAGCGCCAUGAAUGUUUAAUGACAGCGUGACGUAGAUCUGUCAGGAUUUUCUAAACCUAGAGUUUCUCCAUCUAUUUUCUAUUGGAAGCUAAUGCAGGAGAUAGGUGUGGGAGACAAUUUUCUUGUUCAUUCUGAAUGAGAAACAGAAACAAAAAAUAAUCAUUAAAAAUGGUUUGUCAGAAAACCACAUCUUUAAAGAAGCAUCACUGAAAUGUCAUGGUUUGCGGCUCCCUCAUGUGUCUCCUGGUGUUCUCCAUCCCCCUCUAGGAUCCCCUUAUGUGUCUCCUUGUGUUCCUCAUGUGUCCCCUUGUCUACAGCCCCCUCCAGGUUUCUCCCUCCAGGUGUCCCCUCGGGUUCUGUGUCCCUUGUUCCCCAGCCCACUCCAGGUUCUCCCCUUAAGCUUCCUGUGCCCCUUCUUGCCUCCAGCUCCCACCAGGUCUCCCAGGUUCACCUAUUCUUGUUUUCUUGUGUUAUCUAACUAGUUUUUUCCUAUAGUUCUCAUAGGUUCAGGUUUUCUUCUCCUAGGUUCCUUGGUCCUUCCCCGCUGGUUUAUCAGUUCUCCUUAGAUCUUUAUUUUGUUCUCCCAGUCUUUAGGUUUUGGUUAUUAUUCAUAGGUCAUGUUUAUUUUACCUUCUCAGCUUAGUUUCCUCUCCCUGAUUAGUUAAUUGAUUUCACUAGGUUCUCUCUCCUCACGCACCUGCAUCUCAUCUCCCAUUCAUCCCGCCCCUGUGUAUAUAACCUUGUCUGUGUCUCUCUGUUGUUGGUCCAUUGCUCUCUAGGUCUCUCGUGGUUUUUUUUAUUUCUCUACGUUUUGAUAAUAGGAUUUUUGGACUUUGGUUUUUGGCUCCCUGCCUCCUUUGGAUUUACUCCUUAAUAAAGGAUUUUACAUUUUUUCCACCUCCUGUCUCGUGUCUCUGGUUCUGCAUCUUGGGUCCUAAAAUUCCUCCAAACCCACAUCCUGACAUGAAAAUACAUCAACAUUAAUAAAUAACACAAUGUUUAGGCAUACUUUGUUAUUUUGUUUGAACCCAUUGGUCUCACACAUCCACAUACAUAUAUGGACAACGGGUUUCCAUAGGCUCCAAUAACACUUUUUUGAAGAAAAAUGGGAGGUGGCCACAGCAGCGCGCCACCGUCUACAGUAGAGGAUGGCGGUGUUUGAAACCCUCCCAGCGGGCCAGGGGAGCUCAUUCCUGGAUCGGAGCCGGCCCGCAGCAGCGCGCCACAGGCUGCAGCAGGUGAUGGCGGGGCAGAGGAGCUGAAACUUGGGCCGGAUCCAGUGUGCAACAGGCUCCAGCAGGUGAUGGCUGUGUGUUUUUUAUUCCCAGCGGGGCAGGGGAGCUCAAUCCUGGUCCAGAGCCGGCCUGCAGAAGCGCAGUAUAGCCUACAUAAUUUGGUAUAUAAGUCGCUACGGAGUAUGUCGCAGGACCGGCCAGACUAUGAAAAAAAAAGUGCGACUUAUAGUCCGGAAAAUACGGUAAUUAUCAGUAUUUGAGAUAAAUUAGCAGGCUAAAUACAUUUCAUAUAUUUCUAAAACGUAAUACUUGUUUGUAUCUUGUACAGCCAAGUAGCCUUUAUUCUGGACUCAGUACAAUUCACCAAGAGUAAAGAGACAUUAUACAGAUGAAGUAAGCACAAGAUAACUUACUGGAAGAAACAGAAUUAUUAUCAUGAGAACCAGAACAAGAGAGCCUGAUAACAGUCAUGUGAAAAUAACAGUUAAAAAGUACGUAUGUAUAAUAGAAAUAAAAAUAUAUUAGAAUUAGUGUAACUCACUGUGAUCCAAACAAUAAAUCAGCCAUAGCUGAUUAGCAAUCAUGAAAUGAGGUCUGGGAGUUUUUAAGUUUCAUUUUUUAUUACAUUUUUUUCUGAGAUCUGUUACAAGGUCACCAUGGCAACCUGUGUGUCUUCAACGUCGGCUACACAACGCAGCAAGUCCAUUUGGAUCAUUGGUGACAGCUGCGUGAGGCGUGGUGCCCAGAGAGCUGCAAAGACCCUCGGAGACAAACUUGGCCUCCCUGAUGUCCGUGUCUCCUGGUUCAGUUGGGGCGGACUGAGGUGGAAAGACCUUCUCCCCUUCUUUUUCCACUCCCUGCGAGGAAGAGCAGCUUCUGAUGUCCUUCUCAUCCACUGUGGCGGCAAUGACAUGGGGGUGAUCAGCAGUGUGAAGCUGGUCAACAUGAUGAAGGACCUGCACCGGCUUCACCUUCUACACACUCAUAUGAUGAUCAUCAUGUCAUCCAUCACCCAAAGGUGUAGCUGGAGGCAGGGGGGCUGCCAGAGAUUUUGGGCCCCAUGAAAAAAUAUCAAGUUGGGCCCCCUGGGGGCUCAUCCAUAGCUGGAGCUGGGGUUCCACCCUCCCAGAUUCGAAGGGAGAAAAAAAUAUAAUAUAUAUUCUUUAUAUUAGUGUUUCAGUUUUUUUUAAUUAAAGUAGGUCUACAUGCAUUCUUACUUAUUUACAUAUCAUUUUCACCAGCUGUCUCUCAUUAAACAGUGAAUUUCCUUCAACAGAAUUAGCAAUAUCACUGCUGGAAAUAGGAAAUGCACAUGCUGAAAGGUGUUAAUCUCCUUUUCCCUAUUACUCCCUUAAAAUGUGUUUAUUCUAAAAUUUUAUUUGAUGAUAAAAUUCAAAUUUGGAUAUCUGAUUAAAUUUGCACGUUGUGUCAAAGCUUUACAUAACUACAUUUUCAGCUGUCUUUCCUCUUGAAAUCAAGUAUUUCUGUAUGACUGACAAAAGUGAAGGAUUCACUGCUCACAAGGUGACUUCUUUAUUAAGUCUCCAUGACUUCAUCAUAGACACAAAAUGAAUAAGUACAUCAAACCGGAGUCAGUUAGGGUUACAUAAAAUUUUAAAGUUGGAUAACUUUGCAUGAAUACGUAUAUAAGUCUCUAGAAACCCAUUUUCCUCAACAACAAAAAACAGCUAAAAAUAUAUUCAGCCUUGAUUGUACACAACAAGAUUUAUUAUUUACAGUGAUAUAAUUAAUGCUCCUGAGUGACAUACUUAGUGACGGACUAAAUAACAAUGUUUCAACCUGCCCAGCAUCAAAAACAAUCUAUACAUUUUUACAGAUUGAUAUAAUUAUCAUUAUGUGGAAAAACAAUGUGUUUAUCACCAAAAAUAGCCUUUUUAUAUUCCUUUGUAUUAGUACUGAUAGAGAAGAGAGCCUUACGUGAUUCCCAUAGACCCCCUUAAAUGAGGCUGCUAGCUAACAUGCUACAUUGCUCACCUUCUUGAGGUUCAUUGGGUUGUGAGGGGACACCUGCUGACAUAUCAUCAACUGCUGAUUCUGGUAGGGACAAGGACAACAACCCAUUUACCAUAAUUAGAUGAAACAUAGUUCCUCUCACUGUGGAUAUCAGAGCUAGCAAAUAGGCUGAAUUUAACCACUCACUAAGGCCCUGUCCACACGUAGCCUGGGAUCUGCCAAAACGUAGAUAUUUUUCUACGUUUUGGCCUGUCAUCCACACGAAAACAAGAGUUUUUUCACACGAAAACGGAUCUUUUUAAAAACUCCGGCCAAAGUGAAGAUCUGCGUUUUCUCCGUUUUGGGUGUCUGCGUGUGGACAGACAAAACCGGAGUUUUAAGGUCCGCAACGUCACUUUCCGCGACAAAAACAUGCUGACAUCACGUGUGCGACCUGUGUUUACACUAGCCGACAGCAUGGAUGCCCUCAGAGCUGCGCUCGCUUUAUCAAUUGUCCAAGCGCUUUUUGCUUGUUUGUUUUUGCAAGAGGAAUUACUGCUCCUUGUGGAAGACCACAGACGAAGGACGAGGUUAAGAACGGGGGAAGUACUGUCACCUACAGGUCUGGCAUGUCCUUAACAACGUAUUUAUCCGGGUACGUGUGGACAGAGUUUGUUUUAAAACGAGGUGGUGUGGAU